AUGGAGGGAUUUACGGCAGACACUGCUUCGCGGAUACGACAGACUGGGUUGUCGCACCUGCCGAGCAUUAUGCACGACCACCUUGAUUUUCCGCUGAUUUCUGCUUUUGUGGAGAGAUGGCAGCCAGAUACAAACACCUUCCACCUACCUUUUGGUGAGAUGACCAUCAUGUUGCACGACGUUUACCACAUACUUGGUAUUCGGGUUGAAGGUGAUAUGGUUGCCGAGGAUCUAUCUAGUGACCGGUAUAGGACAUUUGCAGCUGAGUUGUUACAGUUGACUAUAGAGGAGCUACAGGUCAAGACUCAGACUGCCAUAUAUAGGAAUGGUGGCGUCCAUACUGACCAGAUUUUUGAUAGGUGUCGUACUGUAGAGACUACAGAGGAGGUUCAGGUCAUUGGUUACAUGUGGGUCCUUUUGGGUAACACGCUCUUUACUGACAAGAGCGGUUGUCGUACCCACCCUUCUUUUCUCACUGAGUUGUUUGUGGAGCAUAACCUGGAGAGGUUGACGAGAUACUCCUGGGGUUCAGCCACACUAGCGUACUUGUAUCGUCAGCUCGGGCAUGCCACCCGAAAUGGAUGUGAUUCUAUCGCGGGUUGUCUAACUCUUCUCCAGUCUUGGAUAUAUCCGUAG